AUGCUCCGCCUCCGGAGCUGCGUCCUCGCCCAUCUCCUCUCCUCUCCCGCCACCUCCCCGCUCCCCUCUCUCCACCGCCUCCUCUCCGCCGCCGCCGCCUCCCCCAGCUCCGGCUUCUCCGUGGAGGAGUACCUCGUCUCCACCUGCGGGCUCACCCGAGCGCAGGCCCUCAAGGCCUCCCCCAAGCUCUCCCACCUGAGGUCCCCAUCCAAGCCCGACGCCGUCCUCGCCUUCCUCGCCGGCCUCGGCAUCCCCAGCUCCGACGUCGCGGCCCUAGUCGCCAGGGACCCCAAGUUCCUCUGCGCCAGCGUGGAGAGAACCCUGUUCCCCAUCGUCGACGGGCUCACCGGCCUCGGACUGUCGCCUUCCGAGAUCGCGCGACUCGUCCCGCUCACCGCCAACAACAACCACUCCCGCAACAAAUCCGUCGUCUCCAAGGUGGACUACUACCUGCGCCUCUUCGGCUCCUUGGAGGAAUUCCUCCGGGCAUUCAAGCAUAACCACAAUCUCCUCUCACACAACCUCGAGACGGUGGUCAAGCGGAAUGUCGGGUUGCUGCAGGAGUGCACGCUAGGUGCUUGCGACAUUGCCAAGCUUGCCAUCUCUAUGCCAAGGAUGCUCACCGCCAACGUGGAACAAAUCCGGGGGAUGGUGGCCGGUGCUGAACGUCUAGGUGUGCCUCGCGGCUCUGGGAUGUUCCGGCAAGCCAUGCGGAGUGUUGCGUUCGACAGCGAGGACAAGAUCGCCGCCAAAAUGGAAUACAUGAAGGAGACGUUUAGGUGGUCGGAUGCCGAGGUGCGCAUUGCUGUGUCCAAGGCUCCAAUGCUGCUCACCUUGGGCAAGGACCUGCUGCAGAGGAAGUCAGAGUUCCUCAUCUCCGAGGUUGGACUGGAACCACCAUACCUUGCUCAUCGCCCGAUAAUGCUCAGUUACAGCCUAGAGGGGCGGCUCAGGCCACGGUACUACGCUGUAAAGUUUCUCAAGGAAAACGGAUUGCUCAAGGGCAACCUGGGCUAUAAGACAAUUUGGGAUCUGGUUGAGAAAAUAUUCAUGGAGAAGUACAUAUGCCCUCACAUGGAGGCUGCACCACACCUUGCUGAAGACUAUGCGGCCGCAUGCAGAGGGGAAGCGCCAACUAGAUUCAGAUUUACUUGA